GCAGCUAUAUAAGCUGAGGAAAUUUAGCGGAGAUCUAUAGAACUAAUUAAGGAAACAGAGGUAACGCUGUCGCCUGCCCUGCGUUGCCCGUCUGUCUCACUCGCUCCCUCCCAGAUCCGACGCUCCAAAUCCUUGAGAAUCACAGCAGAGCACGAAGGGUAUCGUCGAGGCUUGAUCCAUCCCGGAUUACUUGCCGAUCGAUCGCAGGAGCUCCGCAGCUGAUCUGACGCUUGAUCGGAUCCGGAUCUGCCGAAUCACGAUCUAGGGUUAUUUUGGUUUUUCUUGCCGGGCUUCUCGACCAGGAAUGGCGUCCCAGCAGUCAGGUCCGGCCGGGACAUCUCCGUCGGCCCAAGUGGUCGGGAAUGCCUUUGUCCAGCAGUUCUACCACGUACUCCAUCGAUCACCGGCGCUCGUGCACCAAUUCUAUCAGGAGAGUAGCAAGCUGGGACGUCCAGAAGCCAAAGGAGAGAUGAUCACAGUUUCCACCUUGCAGGGUAUCGAUGAGAAGAUUCUAUCUAUGAACUACAGUGAGUACCUAGCACAGAUCAAGACAGUGGAUGCGCAGGAAUCUCUUGAUGGUGGAGUGAUUGUUCUUGUGACGGGUUACCUCAUUGGGAAGGAUAAUGUGAAGAGGGGAUUCACACAGACAUUCUUUCUUGCCACACAGGACAAGGGAUACUAUGUAUCAAAUGACAUUUUUCGAUAUGUGGAAGAUGCUGAUCAGCAGGAGGAGGAGGAGGAGGAGGAGGAGCAGGGUCUUACCUAUGAUGCUGGUGCUCAGAACACGGAGCAUGAUUCCGUUCCUUCACAGGAAGAAACUGUUCUUGAGCAAACUGCAGCAAGACCAGAAGAGGAUGAUGUAGUGAAUGAUGAGGAAACUUAUGAUCCUUCAGAAUCUGUGGAAGGUUCAGCUGUUGAAGAUGAAGAUCCGGUAGAGGAGGUGAUUAAUGAAGUUCCAAAUGAUUCACAGGCUGUAGUAACUGUUCCGGGUCUUUCAAAUGGACAAGAACACAAGAAAUCUUAUGCUUCUAUUGUGAUGGUGAUGAAAGAGAUCAAUACACCUAUAUCAGUUCCUACAUCAGCUCCUGCAAGGGUGGCGCCAUUCAACACAGAGAGACAGGCUGUUGCUCCUGCACCAGUAUUGGCACCUUCAUCUGAGGUCAUUGUAGCAAGUUCUAAAGUUGAAGAAAGCAGCAAUGCCCAAGAAUUAGAAGCUGAUGGAUUUUCAAUAUACAUAAAGAAUUUGCCAUUGAAUGCUACUGCCGCUCAACUUGAAGAGGAAUUCAGGAAGUUUGGUCCAAUUAAACCUAAUGGCAUCCAAGUUAGAAGCAACAAGUUAAAAGGGUUCUGUUUUGGUUUUGUGGAGUUUGAGGUGGCUGACGCUGUCCAAAGAGCAAUAGAGGUUUCACCCAUACUUAUUGGUGGUCGCCAGGCUUAUGUUGAGGAGAAGCGUGCAACUGGCUCAAGAGUUAAUAACCGAGGGAGGUAUCCACCCGGUAGGGGCGGAGGUUUUCGUGGCGAUGGAUUGAGGAGUCGGGGGAGCUAUGGUGGUGGAAGAGGUUAUGGAAGAGGAGGAGAUUACAAUUACAGGUCUGAUUUUGGGAGCAGAGGUGGCGGCCGCGGGAAUGUUGCUUCCGGCCGAGGCGAGGUGGGAUAUCAGAGGGUUGAUCACAUUGGCCCCAACAAUGGGCGUGGAAGUCGCCCAGAAUCACCCUCUAUCACCUCUUCAUAAAGCACUACUGCAGCUGCAGGGGAUUGGUGGUUCUUCAGAAGUUGUUAAUCCAGCAGUCAAGGUUAGUAUACCUUGAUUUUCAUGAUUGAACUCUUUGAAAGGCUGUAGUGUUGAUGAGAUUGCAAAGUCUUAUAUUUUAUCAGCUUUUCAGCAUUUCAUUUUUGUGGUUGAGGCAUUAGGACGAACAUGUUAUGUGAUUUUGUAGAAUACGCAAUAUUUGUUCACAGCUUUGUUUGUUUUUGCUGCUAUAAGUACAUAGGAGGCUUAAAAUUUUGAGUCUUGUAUUCUUGUUUGUUUCCUUUAGUUAGAAUCUACUCCCCUUGCACAUUGCAGGAUUUGCAUUUUAUAAUUUGACAUUUUCUUCCAACCUCAAGUAAAACAAUUGAUUACUUGAACGAGUUAUGUUUAAGACU